CUUUUCACUACAAGACCGUCAACAUGCCCCCCAAAAAAGUCAAGGCACCCAAGGAAGAAAACACCGUCUCGCUCGGUCCACAAGUCGCAGACGGCGAGCUUGUCUUUGGCGUUGCCCACAUCUACGCUUCGUUCAAUGAUACCUUUGUCCACGUUACCGAUCUCUCAGGCAAGGAAACCAUCUCUCGCGUCACCGGCGGAAUGAAAGUCAAAGCAGACAGAGACGAGUCGUCCCCAUACGCAGCCAUGCUUGCCGCGCAGGACGUUGCUACUCGAUGCCGUGAAGUCGGCGUGACGGCCCUCCAUAUCAAACUCCGCGCUACUGGAGGCACUGGGACUAAAACCCCUGGUCCAGGUGCUCAGAGCGCACUUAGGGCACUUGCGCGUGCUGGGAUGAGGAUUGGGAGGAUUGAGGAUGUGACGCCUGUGCCUACUGAUUCUACGAGGCGUAAGGGUGGUCGUCGUGGUCGUCGUCUCUGAUUGGAUUUCUUGUGUUGGGAAUGGGUGGUGUAAAAAAAUUGCUUGUAUUACAUUGUCGAUGCUCAAUGCUAAAUGUCGCCGCUCGACGCGCAUCAGGGCUCAUUAACGUGAACCUGACCCGUGGUCGUCCACUCCAAAUUGUGUUGGCGUUUCCUAUCCUC